AUGCCUCCCAUUCUGCGCCGUGUCGACUCCCAAUCCUCCGAUGAUACCCUCGUCGGCAGACAAAACCAUGCUCUCGAGCGCCAGCUUGGCGACACCGAAGCGUCGUACUUCUUGCCCUCGCGUGAGAGUGGCGUGAAUGACAUGUAUCUACAUCUUGGUUUCCGCACCAAUGUCUCCACCAUGGCCCGAGCCCGUGUCGCUCUCGUGUGGGCUAUUCUCCGCCUGCGCCAUCCCCUGCUCGCGGCAAAAGUGGACAUGCUCGAUUAUAACGACAUCCGAUUCGUGUACAACCCACCAGAGUCCGUAGAAGACGCGCUCGAAAAUGCCGCCAGUACUCUCGAGUACCGCUCGCAGAGCAAGGACGAGCUCAUUGACGCGUACCUGAAUGGACCGAGAACGCUGUCGAAUGAGCGCUUAUCAUAUCUUAUCGUGGGAUCUCGGGAAUCCUCUGAGGAUUUUGACCUGUUGAUAUGCGCGACGCAUUUCCUCGGCGAUGGAAUGGCGCUGCACCAGUGUGCCAACGACUUCUUUGGUCUCCUGAGCGAGCAGGCGAGCCUGGAAACUAUUUUGGAGGAUGAGUGGGAAAAUUGGUGGGGUAGCAAAACCAAGAUGCCGUCGCAACUCCCUGAACCUUUGGAAACGCGAUUGCCACCCUUGCCACGAAGCAAGUUCCACCAAGCAGUGCGACGAGUGGAUUUUGAAACUGCGCAGUCGAAGCUCAUUGGCGGCCAAUCGUUCCCGCGUCGGUCCGGCCAUGCGCGCAAGACAGUUGUCCCGACAACCAGCUUCGAUGGAGACAAGACCAAAGCCAUGCUGAAGAAAUGUAAGGCCCACGGCGUCUCCAUCAGUGCCGCGCUCUUCAGCCUUUGCAACUACGCAUGGGCGAGGACGGUGGACGACCGGAGCCAGCCAACGAUGAUGUACUCGGCCCUGAAUUUACGGCCAACUCUCACCGCGAGCGCAGCGCUCAACGACACGUACUGGUUCCUCGCAAUUGGCUACUUCAAUGUUGUCCUCCCGACAUUCUUUCCCGAAGAGGCGGAGAAGACAUUCUGGCAUCGAGCCCGGAUGGCCAAGAGCCAGAGCACAAGGGCCGCCAAGACCCCAAUGCUUGUCUCGCGGAGCAUGGAGAUGGCCAGGGAGCGGGGCGAGCGCGCGCGGGUGUGGGCGAGAGAAGACGACGAGAAGGCGUUGGGGAUAUGGAAGCCUUCGCCGCCACAUAACCAACAACCUGAGCCCAAGAAAGCGAAAGCGCCGUGUGUAUGUUUGAUCGGACUGAGCUUGCUGGGCAACCUAGACGGGAUAUAUAAGCACGAUCGCUUCCCCCAUAUCAAGCUCCACACGCUCACAACAGGCUCGCGACAGCGGGCUGGGGGUAUGCUUUUGUUUGGUUACACAUUCUGUGGGAAACUGUGGCUUAGCCUCGGUUACGAUGAGAAUGGGUUCGAAACUUCCUCAGUUCAACGCUUCUGGAAUAAUCUCAACAACGCGGCGGACACUUUCUUGGUUUAG